CUUUGCGUCUAAUCGUUGCUUGUGGUGCUAGCUGUACAGUUAGCUAGCUAGGUACAGAAAUUAUAGAUACAAGUUGUCAACACGUUUCUCAUUCGGUAUCUAAAUCAAACCUACCGCGACAAUGAAAGAUGUUACCGGGUACCUCAAAACGCAACAGAGCAUGAGCUCAACUCCGGAGAUGGCAUCGGAAUGGCACACACUAGAGGAGUUUUACAACAAAAAGUUGUGGCAUCAGUUGACCCUAAAGCUCACAGACUUUGUAAAAGACCCUUGCUUUGCCACAGGAGAUGGCCUCAUACAGCUGUAUGAUAACUUCCUCAGUGACUUUGACCACAGAAUCAACCCCCUGUCUCUGGUGGAGAUCAUCCUGUAUGUUGCCAGACAAAAGACAGAUCCUAAAGAUGCUAUCACUUUCCUUGAGAAGACUAAGGAGAAGGUGAAGAGCAACGACGAGUCGGUCAUUCUGUGCAAGACAUCUAUUGGAGCCCUAAAACUGGAGAUAAAUGACCUUCCAGCCACAAAGAUAUUAAUUGAGGAGGUGGAGGAGACGCUGAAUAACUUGCCGGGUGUGACGUCAGUCCACGGGAGAUUCUACGACCUGUCCAGCAAAUACUACCGCAUCGUGGGGAACCAUGCCUCUUACUACAAGGACGCUCUGCGCUACCUCGGCUGUGUCGACAUCAAAGACCUGCCAGAGACAGAGAAGCAGGAGAGGGCUUUCACACUGGGUCUGGCUGGACUCUUAGGAGAAGGAGUUUACAACUUCGGAGAGCUGCUGAUGCACCCAGUACUGGAGUCCCUAAGGAGCACAGACAAGCAGUGGCUGAUAGACACAUUGUACGCCUUCAACGGAGGCAACGUGGAGAAGUUCCAGGCCUACAAGUCUGCCUGGGGAGCGCAGCCUGACCUGGCAGCCAAUGAAUCCAAACUGAUGCAGAAGAUUCAGCUGCUGUGUGUGAUGGAGAUGACGUUCACUCGUCCCGCCAACAACAGACAGCUGACCUUCCAUGAGAUUGGACAGAGUGCCAAGAUCCCCGUGAACGAGGUGGAGCUGCUAGUGAUGAAGGCUCUGUCUGUGGGUCUGAUCAAAGGAAACAUUGAUGAGGUGGACCAGAAGGUUCAGAUGACCUGGGUGCAGCCCCGAGUACUGGACCUGCAGCAGAUCAAGGGCAUGAAGGACCGGUUGGACGUCUGGUGUGGGGAUGUGAAGAACAUGGCUGUGUUGGUGGAACAGCAGGCCCACGAUAUCCUCACCUAGACAGGCCUCCUCCCUCUGGUUUAUCCUCACCUAGACAGGCCUCCUCCCCCUGGUUUAUCCUCACCUAGACAGGCCUCCUCCCCCUGGUUUAGCCUCACUUAGACAGGCCUCCUCCCUCUGGUCUCCCCCUGGUCUCCGUGGCCCUGUCCAGAACAACCCCCCUAACCUCUAGACACUUGUAGAGAUCAGAGAAGAUUUGAUAGGUUUAUGCAGUAUGCUGAUAGUACCUUGCCCUCUGAUAGGCUAGGUAGAGUUUUGGCCAUAUUGCUUACACCAGUCAGAUCCUCUCAGACAAGGGUCUAAGGUGGAGGUGGCAGGAUUUUCUUCUGGACAGGGCCCUUCUCCCAGCCUGUUCACCCCUAGAACAGACACCUUCAACAGACACCACCACAGGAAUCCUCUCUUCAUUCCUCUACCUACCGAUCUCCCAGAAGGACUGAUGCAUCCAACUUUUUCAGUUUUUUUGUAUUUGUAUUUUUGUUGGGAUGCUGUGUACGUUCUUGUUACUCUAUAGCAGUAAAUAAAUAAAAGAAAACAUUGUUGAAUUUUGAAAUAAAAAUUACAAAUGCUGGUUGAUGUAACAUUA